AUGUUCCUGCCCGGGUUCUUCAUUCCCACGUACCUGCUGGUCAACGAGCUCGGGCUGGUGGACACCCGGCUGAUCGUCAUGCUGCUGCCCAGCUUCGGCGCCUGGUACAUCCUGGUGAUGCGCGCCAACAUCCGCACCGUCGUCACGCGCGAGCUGCAGGAGGCGGCGCUGAUCGACAGUGCCAACCACCUGCAGAUCUUCGUCUGGCUGGUGCUGCCCCUGAUCAAGCCCAUCCUGGCCACGAUCGGCCUGUUCACGGUCGUGGCAAGCUGGAACAACUUCUUUCUGCCGCUGAUCUACCUGCACGACCGCGACAAGCACCCUCUGACCCUCAUCCUGCAGCGCAUCCUGCUGGAAGGCGAGAUCGGCAAGUACAGCGGUGGGGGCAUGGCCCAGCUCUGGGAGGACCAGGGCGUGCCGGGGUACGUCGGCAUCGGCUUCUUCAAGUCGUUCAAGUUCGCGGCGGUCGUGAUCACGGUCUGGCCGAUCAUCGUCGCCUACCCGUUCGUGCAGAGGUUUUUCGUGAAGGGGAUCCUGGUCGGAUCGGUCAAGGACUGA